GAAACUUCUGUACUCACAAGCUCUAGCUAAAAGCUCUAUUUCCUGAGUUUGCACGGGAGUUGUUCAGAAUCCGCCCAGAUAUCGCCCAGCACUACACUCAGGACUCGCUUUUCACGCCCUGCCAAUGAACAUUAGUGUAUAUAUAAAACAAAAACUAAAAAGAAUUAAAAAAAAAAACCGAGUGAGGCAGUAUAGCUGCAGCCUGGGGGAUUGGGGAAGCAACGAGGAGAAGCUCCAUACAGGCAGGGCAAAAUGCAAAGCAAAACAUGCGGGAAUCUGCAGAGGGCCCUGCAGGGUGCGCAGCAGAGCCAUAAGGGAUGGAAAGAUGACGAUAGAAAGCCAGCAGUAAUGAAAGAACCUUUGACAUAAGUCCGUCGGGAACCGGUUUGCAGUCCUCAGCGAACAA